AUGGCUGUCCUUCCAGGCCGGCGCUACGGUGAGCCUGCCUGGCGUAACACGGCACUGCACAGUGAGGACGACCGAGCCUUGGGGCACAACGGGAGCUACGAAGAAGACAGACUUGGCAAGCAAGAUCCCAUGCACGCUGCACCAAUGGACAGUAAGAUUUCUACGCUGAGAGAACGAACGCCCAUGAGUACUUUCAAAAGUGCAGUUGUACACUUUGAUUCCCCAGCAUAUCUCAUUGACAAAACAGCAGUGGUCACCGUUGUCGUGGGACUCUCACCGGAGAGAUGCUGGGUUGUUCAUGAACAACUCUUGACCUCUGCCUCACGCUUUGUAAAAACUGCCCUCACACCCGGCUUCAGAGAGAGCGAAGAGAGAACAAUUCGACUCCCUGAGGAAGAUCCGGACGUGUUUGACCUAUUCGUCAACUACCUGUAUACAUCUACGACCGGAGGCCUCUCGCUGGAUAUGCGACUCCGGUUAUACGUGCUGGCCGAUCGGUUGCAGGCAGUCGUUCUAGGUGACAGCAUCCGUGCGACUCUCGAUGGCAUUACCUGCAGGUUCCUUAGUGAGGCGCAACUAGAGUACGUCCUCGAGCACACCAGACCCGGAGACCUUCUACGGCGCUCUUGCAUCCUACGCUUGGGAGAGGUGAUUCGUGCAGGGCCCUACUUUCUACUCAGUGACGGGUUCGCGAGGCUUCUCUGCGAAAAGUAUGCUGGCGAAAUCUUUGCCGAUAUGAUAAACAAGUACGACCAGAUUAUCAUGGAGCCGGCUGAAGAGGAUGGAAGCACUGUAAUGAGCUUAUUGACCCCAGAUGUGCUCGCAGGUCCAAAGGUGCAAGAUGAGCCCGAGGCCUACCGCCGUUUAUCAGGGCAGGAUAGGUAA